AUGAUCUACAACAAGAGCAAUCACAUACUAGAGUACUUAACUUCUAGUUGUACUUGUAGAGCACGUAUAUUUUAUCAAGACUUUUUAAAGAAGUCAGCGGUGUUGGUUGUAGUCAUGUCUUCUACAAGGGUUGCGACACUACGACAAGCUGUCACUAGCUUCGAGACGGUUCUUAUGCAGUUGAAGAACCAGAAGAACCGAUCUCAAAUAAAGCCUCAAAAACUUUCAACUCCUGCUUCAUCAACUGCGAUUGCACAACAAGAACGGGUGCCUCCUGUACUAGAGCUUCUAUCACCAACUUCUAUCUCUGGACGAAAUACACCUCCACGUAAUGAAGCAGAAGUAGUUGUAAAGACGAGGAGCCACGAAGAUGUCCCUCCAGUAGCUGAUGCAGAACUAGUACGUAGAACUACAGGACAUGGACGUCGGAGAACAAGAUCGUUUAAUUCCUCGUGUCCCAGUACUCCUACUCCCACGACUCUUGCUCUCAAUGCGGCUCGAAACGCAGUGCAAGCAUUCGAUGACUAUGGACUGUUGACAGAGAGCAAGACUACGCCGCUACUGGCCUUGCGCCUUCUGCGAGGACUCUUAUCUGUAGCUACCGAUUCUGAAUCUUCCGGUACCAGUGCAAAUCGUACUACCACUGCACUACAUACUCCAAAAGGUCAAUCCUCUGCUGCUUGUUCUAGACAAUAUCCUCCUGACAGAGCAGAGGGCUGUGAGACCUCUGAGAAGUCCAUUCUGUCUUCUCCUAGUCCUACAGGCAUGCUGUCUUCUCCUACAGCCCUAGACGGGCUUGGUCUAGCACUCUCGGAGGCAUCUGAGUCGCGGCUCGCAGUGAGUGACUACCUGGACUGGGCACGCUUAGCGAAAAAGCAAUUGGAGAUACUAAACCCUAAGCCCGCCUCUCCUCGGAAACUAGAAGAUCAUGAGGACGACCACGACGACUUGACCCUAGUUUCUUCUUCGAAGCAAGACAAAGAAUUCAGACUAGACAAAGGUCGCGAACGAUCUUCUCCACUAUUUGUCCAAGCACUGCUUUCUGCUCUUCAGAUGCCUGAUGUUGUCCGAGAGUUACAGAAAUCUUCAAAUCCACUAGGAACAACAAGGGGAACAACUACAAAGCACGGCAUCGAUGGUUACAGACAACUCAUUCAUCUAGCACAAAUAGUUGGUGACCUAGAGGUAGAGGUAGACGAUAAUAUUCCUGAGAUAUUAACAUCUAAAUCUAUUACAUCAGCGUCAAACACUAGCACAUCAUCCGGAGCUGUCUUGACUAGAAAACACUCGCGCGACCACCUCCAAUCGCUUCCGCCACUUGUCUCUGCGGUUGCAGCGUGUGUAACGGGUUUGCCGGGACGUAGAGCGAGUGUUUGGUCAACAGAGGACCUGAUAGGCAUUCUGCGUGUUUUCGAACGACACAAGCAUACCCUUGUCAUAGAUAUUGUAGGUCAAGAGAUUCGUACAAGACUUGCGAGACGUUCUGUCCUGCGUGACGAAGGGAAACAGUUACGAUUUUUUGGAUGUCGUUCACGUGGAUUCGAUCAUCUUCAUCAUCCUCAAACGAUUAUACCCAUAGUAAACAUUUAAGUAGUACUCCUCGUAGUUAGAGUCUUCAUAUUUUUCCUGACGCCGCCUCGCUCUCGCAAUAGGUAACCUAAAUAUGUAAGUAGUAGUAGGCCCACGAGAAGUAUCACAUUGACUUUGACUAUGACAUCGAAGCCUUGUCGUCACGCAACACGAUUACAGCAAGUCAUCAAGUAGCAUGUCAAAGGCAAAGUCAUCAAUUCAAGACGUCUACUACUUACUACAACUAGGGCGAUCUGUUCAUCCACAUUCUCUAGGACUAUCUAAUCUCCAUAAGCGGUUACGAUGCGAUUGAGAUCCUUGAAUGCUACGCGCGGAUGGGUUUUAGCGAUGAGGAGCUCUUUUUAGACCUAUGGAAAGCUGUACGAGCAGCCAUUGGGGAAACGACCAAUUUUAAGGCUCUCGCAGAAGUAGUGACUCAAGUGGAAACGAAACAAAUGAUAAUGAUGAUAACAGUACUACUUCUACUCUUGCUUCUAAGUACAGGGACCAGACAGGAACCAACAGGCAAGAUAAAUGCCUCAGAUUGCAGUUUUCCAACUUGAAGAGGUACAGACAGCAGGUAACAUCUCUACUAUUAAUAUUGCAGUUUUAUAACUUAUUAGGAUUAGACAGGGACCGGAGAGGGACUGGCUUCCUCUUCGAGUUGGAAAACUGCAAUAUUAGACAGGAGGACUAGACAGGGUCAGCUCUCUAAUAUUGCAGCUUUCCAACUCGAAGAGGAAGCUUUGCCACCAGGAUGGGGAGAAAUAGGAGCUGCAAUCCGUGAAUAUGACAGAGAGGAAUGUCGAAGUGGUUGUACUACGGAUCUUGCAGACCGUUCAAGUUCAUCGGGUACCUCGACACAAACCCACACUCACCUUUUUCGUCUCCUACAUCGUAUUCUCUCCGCCUCAACGACGUUAGAGUCGUCUGCGGGUUUUAAGACCUUAGCGGAGGUGACUGAAAUCCUUGACCGGUUUCCGUCUCUUUUGCAAAAUGCAUCUUUCGCUGAUCGAUUUGAAUGCCUUAGAGGGCUUACUGUCGCCAAUAUUUUCCUACCCCGUGCCUUGGUGAAGCGCCUCAGUGCACCGCCGUCGAGUAAACGAUCAUCUGGCUCUAGUGCUAGAACAAGCAGAUCUUCUAGUUUUUCAAGAAGUAGAUUUAAUACGUCGAGUGCUACUAGUACUUUCUCCCUCGACGUCGACGAUCAAGCACAUCAAGCACUACCUUCGCUGCGCCUUUUCUGUGAGUUAGCGGCGUGUUAUCCCGGGGAUGCUCUACAUGAGGAAACACGAAAGUUCUAUUGGACUCAAUUGCAACGGAUUGUGCUCGCCAGUGUACCCUCAGCAUCAAAAAAGAGGACAGCAGCGCCUGCUCUUCUUGACGAUCUCUCAACGAUGGAACUUCCUGAUCUAGCAAAUCUUAAGCAGUUUUGGUGUGAAUGUAGUUGUAGUAUUAGCAGUGGAAGGCGAGAUACUGGUAAAAAUACAAAGAGUAGUACUUUCCUUGGUCUUGGUGCUGGUGGUAAAGGGAUGAAACCGGCUCUAGUUUCCUACUACCGAACUUGGUGGAUGCUAUUGUGGCACACUGCUCAAGCCUACGCGACAGCAAGUCUUCCACUGAUCGAGCGGAUUGAGGCUCGGGAUCAACUCGUUUGUUCACUUUUCGGCGCAUGGACACGAGGGGGCACUACAUGGUCUCCUGGCGUGAAGAGAAGCGCGUCGAAUUGGAAUUAUGCUGUUGAAGAUGAUAGUUGUGGGAGCUUGAUGCGCGAACGGUGCAAUGGUGUGGAUGUCCCUGGAGGUUCUCCUGCAGGAAGUCAAGAGGUGCUGGAUUGCAGCUCAGAAAAUACUGGUGCUGAGGUCGUCGACGUGGACAUCAGUUGUUCAUCUUCAUCAUUAUCUCCAAAUUUUCUGCAGGCAUCGCCAACAAUGUGUGCUCGCGCACUCCAGGUUCUUGUGCGUAUAGAAAAGGACUUAGAACCGCCAAAAGAUGAAAAAAAGGAUGAAGCACUGAAGAAGAACGUAGUCCAGCUUCUAAGUGACCUUGGCUUUGCACCAGCUUUCGAAAAGCUCCUGGAUAUCUAUCCACGAAUGAUCGUACUGCCACCGAUGUGAAGGUGUUUGUCGUGACCAUGGACAUUUUUGUACUCAUUUUUUUGCGUACUAAGUACAAAAGCAACAAAGAUGCAAAUGCAUCUCGCUCACAGCCU